AUGACUCAGCCAAGCUUUCAGCAACCUGAACGUAUUCAAGCUACCCAUGAUCAUGGGCAUGGGCAUGAUCAUGCUCACACCCACAUUCAUUCUCAGGGAAUGAACGGAGAUCAACACGAACAUGAUCAUUGGGCUGAGGACGAUUACCUAGGCAGACCCGGUGUGUUCGAAGUUGCUCAAAUCACUUAUGAAUCCGUUAUUCACGCACUCGUUUCUGCUGGGAUCAAAGAGGACAUAUAUAAGACAUGGGAUGUGUUGGAAAUAGGAUGUGGUCCCGGAACAGUAACCAAACAUCUCUUAUCUACAUUCUCAACCAUCCACUCAAUCGAUAUCUCUCCCUCAAUGCUCUUGAACCUAAGUAAAUACCUUCCUUCAGAAUCCUUUCCAAAUUUAACAUACUCCCUUCAUAAUCUAUCUCCAAAUUCACCCCAACAAUUCAAAGACAAGGCCCUGCUCAUAUCGCCAACUGUAGAGGACAGAAGGAGGGAAAUCUCACCUCCACGAGAUAAGUUUGACUUGGCAGUAUCGAGUUUGGUAUUACAUCAUGUAGAUGAUAUACCUUCUUUCAUGCUUGCUGCGAUUGGGUUGGUGAAGGACGGAGGAUGGUUGGUCUUUGCUGAGAUGGGGGUUAUUCCAGAUAAUAAUGGGGAAGGACAUUCAAAGCCCACCGAACACGGUCCCUUCAAUGCUCCCGAACAUCAUCGACCCUCAUUCACCACCGACUCGCUCAUAAGGCUAUUCGAAUCGUACGGUCUCACAAACGUAUAUGCAGAAGAAAGAGGGGAAUUACCUAUUUUUGGAACAGAGGAAGGCAAGAUGAGAGUACCGGGCUUGAUCGUUAGAGGGAGGAAGGGUAAAGAGUGA